CCUCCUCUACUACCCGACGCACCAACGUCGCUCCAUCGUCGGCUACGACUUCAGCCUCAUCAUCGUGGUCUACAGCUGGUGUUCCUCCAACAACUACUGCAUCUACGGCGUUGGCCAAAACAGAAGCCGACGCACUGCAGAAAUUGCUAGGCGACGAUGUUUCCGCAGAAUAUCGGAGAAAUCGCAUGCUGGUCGUGAGGAAGGAAACUAUGACUGCAAAAAACGAACUGCGCAAGAAGCUCCAAGACAAACUAUCGCAUGAGCUGAAAAUGCAGAAGAACAAGAGCGUCCAGGAUAUCUUGCAUGAGCGGGAACGCGCCAUGGUGGCGAAACAACGCAAGCGCACUGCGGUCAGUACGGGUUUUAUCAACACAACUUCUGUGUCUGGACACGAAUUGAAAGACAUCGUUGAUUCCAAGAGGGGAGGAUCGACCUCGAGAAUCAAGAGGUUGAAGGAAUGGUACCAAAGACAAAAGCUUAGAGAAGGGAAGAAUCCUGCUGGGAACAAGAACAAAGCCCCGGUUGUGAAGUCAUCAGUCUUGACAGAAGUUUCGGCUUCGUUUCUGUCAAAAGCCGCUAGCGAGGAAAUGUCGCAAGCGGUGACAAAUACAACUUUUGCACGUCAGGUGAGGGACGACUUUCGACAAAAACUCUUGGAAGCUGCAGAAGCCGGACACACGCAAACACGAUUGGCAAGAGAAGUUCAAUUAUGAUGGCUCUUUCCCAUGUCAGUGUAAAUGUUUGAACUCAUCUCACUCUUCAUCUAAUGAUCCCAGUCUACACCAAAGCGAUGCGUGCAACGUUUACCGAGAAGCUCCCACCCUACGGCACUAGCAUGAUCAUGAUGCGGGAAGCCAGCUACACGGUGUCUCUCUUCUUCAUGAUCUCGCAUUUUGAAAACCUUUUCUUCGAUUGGUAUCCAAAACCCGGGAAAUAUCUACCUGCAACGCAGAUGCUUCGAGAGAGGAUGUGGGGUGUUCCAGACAAAGGGGAUAGCGAGAUGUUGAGUCCAUCUGAUCGUUCGUCAAGAACCUCAAAUAGUUCAUCUGCGUCAGACGAUCCGUCUGCAUCUACUACCGCUACGACCUCUCCCUCCACCGCUACUUUUCUCAACUUGAAAGAGGAAUUACAGACCGGUUUAAGAGGUGGGAGUGGUGACUUGCAAGUUGCUCUUGGGACGUCGCCAGCGGCUCAAGACGCGGCUACAGUGUGGCCGACUGCGGUGAGGGGGCCAUUAGGAGGCUUUGGCUCCGUGGGACAGAUACCUGCUGGGAGAUGGGAGACCACGAGUUCAUCACCUGGUUCACCAUCAGAUACAUCAACACCUCCUGUAUCUUCAACCCCCGCAGGAGUAUCAUCUUCGUCCUCGUUAUGAAGCGAAAAUCUGUAUCUGUUAUCCUAAUCAAGUUUCUCUUUCUUCAGUGGAAAAGUACGAUAAUGAUAACAGAUUUUGGUUUCAUACUCGUCUUCUUCACAGGGUACUUCAACUUCUUCACAAGAUCAUCCGGCUACUUCUUCGCAAGAUCAUCCGGCUACUUCUUCACAGGCAAGUGCUGAUCAGACAUCUGGUCGCUACGACGGAAUCCUGGACGUCGGAAGGGGAAAUCCUGCACUAUCAAGCACUUCGAAUCCCGAAGUAGUCGACAAAAGGAAUGACGAUGAAGACACCCCACCUUUGCUUAAGGCUGCACCUGAUACAUCUUUGGGCGUAUCCUUGAAACGUAUGGAGGAGUAUCCCCCUAAGGGAGUAAUGCUCUCCCAUAGUACUUUUCAAGGAUGCACUUGAAAGAUGAAUUGCGGACAGCUCGUCUAAUUUGCUACAGCGGCGUGCAUCGUCACUACGGGAACGAUCUCUGAAGCUCAUUUACGAAGUGGAAGCGGUAAACCUAAACACCUUGGAUCUGUCGACAGCUGAAUACUGGACGCUGGUUCGAUACAACCUCAAAAAGGAAGCCUUCGUGAUACUUUCGUCAAGUGCUAUAUUUUAUGGGCGAACGACUACUAACUACUAACUUACAGUUCUACUUCUUGAAUGGUUCCGGUGUUUGGUAACCUGAAUUUGAUCACAAGGGUUCUCUCUUUGUUUUCCCUUAUGAUGUACAAGCUGUCAACUCGUCACGUUUUAGUUUGUAGUUAGCACGAGGAACGUAAACAAGAUCCUCUUUCAUAUCCCCACGACCUUGAGCACUGGCCCUAUGGUUAUCGCAUCGCAGCAACAAGCCUACUCCACGCCUUUCUGGGAGACGGCUAGGAAAAUAUGGCGCUACGAAGGCUUCCGCGGAUUUUUUAAGGGUAUCGUACCACGAUGGAUCACUCUGACUGGGAGCAUUUUCGUCGUCUCAAACGUGAUCAAUCUUUGCGAAGAACAAGACGAAGGUCAACACGGACUUGGGUAAAAUCUUCAUGUUGUUCUUUUCGUGUACAGUUAGAUUUUUUUUAAGACUUUGUUUUACAGAGAGUUGUCGUUAAAUUCUCACACUCUGUUCUGCAUCUGUUUGCUUUGUAGAGCAAGACAAGCCCCAACCUCGCCCAGGUUGUAAAUAUGAUUCCUUAAUAAUAGUAAGGGAUGUAGGUAUUAAAAUAACAGUUGUACUAGAUAGUAGAUGAUACCUCAUGUUCACAUUUCAAUUCAUCCACAAUUAACGUUAAGAACUAGAACUGCCAAAAUUUGUAAAGUGCUUUUCUGAUGAUUCCUAGCACUACAGUGAAUGUGAACAGCAUGCUGAACAUGAAUAGACGUAAUCCUUCCACGCCCUGUAUGAUAUUCAUUCCGCUUUGGCUUUCGCUUGAGGAUUCUAUGACGCAAAAACAUCCAUGAAUAUGACGCUGCCGCAUGAUCGCUUGUUCGAUGAGCAUCCAGAGAU